CUCCGCCACUGUACAAGAUCACAUGAUCAGAAAAGACACUCACUGCACACACUUGCAUUUGCAGCUCAACGCUACCAUUUUUAUUGCUGACUUAAUUUUUGUCAAUAUUGUUGUAAAAGUUUCAGAUUCGAUGUAUUCUAAAAGUGUUUUGCUUUUACAACUUUAACAUCAGUCUCAUAAACCUACUAUAACUCGAUUAGAUUGACAUCUUAAUGAGUCUAAAGUCUGAUGUAGGUGUGUUUUGUACUUAAAUACAUCGAGGUUACCUUUAGACCAACUUCUUUUCUUUUUUUUUUUUUUCUUUUUUGACAAACGCGGUCAUGAAACUGAUUAUCCUCAAUGACUACGACGCUGCAAGCGAGUGGGCUGCUAAAUACAUCAGGAAUAAGAUCUUACUUUUCAAACCUGGACCCGACCGCUAUUUUACUCUUGGGCUUCCAACUGGAAGCACUCCCUUAGGCUGCUACAAGAAACUGAUUGAGUAUUAUAAGAAUGGAGAACUGUCUUUUGAGUAUGUCAAGACGUUCAACAUGGAUGAAUAUGUGGGACUUCCCAGAAAUCACCCCGAGAGCUACCAUUCCUUCAUGUGGAACAACUUCUUCAAGCACAUCGACAUCAGAGCGGAUAACACGCACAUCCUGGAUGGCAACGCUGCUGACCUGCUAGCAGAGUGCGCCGCCUUCGAAGAGAAAAUAACAGCGGCUGGCGGCAUCCAGCUCUUUGUCGGAGGAAUCGGGCCGGACGGCCACAUCGCCUUUAACGAGCCCGGAUCUAGCCUGGUGUCUAGGACCAGGGUGAAGACCUUGGCAAGAGACACCAUUCUGGCCAAUGCUAGAUUUUUUGAUGGAGACCUCUCCAAGGUGCCUACUAUGGCACUGACUGUUGGAGUGGGCACCGUCAUGGAUGCAAAAGAGGUGAUGAUUCUCAUCACUGGAGCUCACAAGGCCUUUGCUCUGUACAAAGCCAUAGAAGAAGGGGUGAACCACAUGUGGACCGUGUCUGCAUUUCAGCAGCACCCACAAACUCUUUUUGUCUGUGACGAAGAUGCCACUCUAGAAUUGAGGGUUAAGACUGUGAAAUAUUUCAAAGGGAUGAUGCAUGUGCACAACAAGCUUGUCGAACUACCCGAUUUAGAGCCCAAGAAAUGAGGAUGUUUCAUUUCAUUUUGGCGAUUCUGCAUUUCAAAAAAAGUAUACAUUCCAAUGAUCUAUUGAUAUUCAGGCAGUAAAACAUGGGUGGGGAAUCAAGUCUUUGUUUAUACUGCUCUUUUACAUUUGUAAUAAAGUGAUUUAAAGUUGUACUG